AAGUCUUUAAGUAUAAAUAGGAAAAAAAAAAAAAGGGGGGUUGUGAGGGAAAGAAAGAUCAUUUUGAAAGGAAAGAUUUAACAAGGACGAUGCUGCGGGGGCUUUUUCACAGGAGACCCAAACACGAGAGGCUGGAGGAGGAGCCAGAGGUCAGGUUCAAAGGUCUGCUGGUGUCUGAGCGAGCCCUCGGAUAUUCAUAUGUACGGCCUGGAGGCUCCGACUACUCUCCGCCCCCGCCCUUGCAGCGUGCCCCUCCGGCCGGGCUGACCAACGAGCACAGCGGAGGGGGGGACCAUGGCGGCGGAGGGGUCAACCACGGGGGCCUGGGGGGCGUGGUCGGGCUAGCUCCGGAGCACAUCCCCACUCCCGGAGCCGCUCUGAGCUGGCAGGCGGCCAUCGAUGCGGCGAGACAGGCCAAGAUGAUGGGCAACGCGGCGUCCGGCGGAGGGUCGGGGCUCGGCGCGGGAGGGGGCGGUCCCAUCUCCACGGCGAGCUCCACGCAGAGGAAGAGACAGCACUACGCCGCCAAGCCCAAAAAACAGACCACGACCACAGCCACACGACCGCCCCGCGCACUGCUCUGUCUCACACUGAAAAACCCCAUCCGAAGGGCCUGCAUCAGCAUCGUCGAGUGGAAACCAUUUGAGAUCAUUAUCCUGAUGACCAUUUUUGCCAACUGCGUGGCCUUAGCCGUCUACAUCCCCUUCCCCGAAGACGACUCCAACGCCACCAACUCCAACCUGGAGCGGGUGGAGUACCUCUUCCUCAUCAUCUUCACUGUGGAGGCCUUUCUGAAGGUCAUAGCCUACGGUCUGCUCUUCCACCCCAACGCCUACCUGAGGAACGGCUGGAACCUGCUCGACUUCAUCAUCGUCGUCGUCGGGUUGUUCAGCGCGAUCUUGGAGCAGGCGACGAAGGGGGACGGGGCCACUCCCAUCGGGGGGAAGGCUGCAGGCUUCGACGUCAAAGCCCUCCGAGCGUUCAGAGUCCUGCGCCCGCUACGCCUCGUCUCCGGAGUACCCAGUUUACAGGUGGUGUUGAACUCCAUCAUCAAAGCCAUGGUGCCACUGCUGCACAUCGCUCUGCUCGUCCUCUUCGUCAUCAUCAUCUACGCCAUCAUCGGCCUCGAGCUCUUCAUGGGCAAGAUGCACAAGACCUGCGUUUACAGCCACACAGGGCUGAACGCGGAGGAGAAGCCGGCCCCCUGCGCUCCGAACGGGGGCUACGGCAGACACUGCACGAGGAACGGGACGGAGUGCACGAUGGGGUGGGAGGGGCCCAACGACGGCAUCACGAACUUCGACAACUUCGCCUUCGCCAUGCUCACCGUGUUCCAGUGCAUCACCAUGGAGGGCUGGACCGACGUGCUGUACUGGAUGCAGGAUGCUAUGGGCUAUGAGUUGCCGUGGGUCUAUUUUGUCUCUCUGGUCAUCUUCGGCUCCUUUUUCGUUCUCAAUCUGGUUCUGGGUGUGUUGAGCGGAGAGUUUUCCAAAGAAAGAGAAAAGGCCAAGGCGCGAGGAGACUUCCAGAAACUGAGAGAGAAACAGCAGCUGGAGGAGGACCUCAAGGGCUAUUUAGACUGGAUCACUCAGGCAGAAGACAUCGACCCAGAGAAUGAAGACGACGGACUGGACGACGACAAGCCCAGAAACUGUAAGAAUCACCGCUUUAAGUCUCUGCGCGGCGCCGUCAAGAAAAACGCCGCCAUUCUUCGUAAGGCGUUGAGUAUGCCGGCGAGCGAAAACGAGUCCGUCAACACAGACAACGCGCCCGGAGCCGACGUGGAGGGGGAGGCCUGCUGCACACGGCUAGCAAAUAGGAUCUCCAAAUCCAAGUUCAGUCGUUACUCGCGGCGAUGGAACAGACUGUUUAGGAGGAAGUGCAGAGCGGGCGUCAAAUCCCAGGUUUUCUAUUGGCUCGUCAUCUUCCUGGUUUUCCUCAACACGUUAACCAUCGCCUCCGAGCACCACCAGCAGCCGCAGUGGUUAACAGAUGUACAAGAUAUCGCCAACAAAGUUUUACUAGCCCUCUUCACUGGCGAGAUGCUGUUGAAGAUGUACAGCUUAGGACUCCAGGCGUAUUUUGUUUCGCUGUUCAAUCGCUUCGACAGCUUCGUGGUUUGUGGUGGGAUCCUGGAGACCAUUUUAGUGGAAACCAAGAUCAUGUCUCCUCUGGGCAUCUCCGUGCUCCGAUGUGUGAGGCUGCUCAGAAUAUUCAAAAUAACAAGAUACUGGAACUCCCUGUCCAACCUGGUGGCGUCUCUGCUGAACUCUGUGCGCUCCAUUGCUUCUCUGUUGCUGCUGCUCUUCCUCUUCAUCAUCAUCUUCUCUCUCCUCGGGAUGCAGCUGUUCGGAGGAAAAUUCAACUUCGACGAAACGCGACGGAGCACGUUCGAUAACUUCCCCCAGUCACUGCUCACUGUGUUUCAGAUCCUGACAGGUGAGGACUGGAACUCUGUGAUGUACGACGGGAUCAUGGCGUACGGAGGUCCCUCUUUUCCAGGGAUGUUGGUUUGCAUCUACUUCAUCAUCCUCUUCAUCUGCGGAAACUACAUCCUCCUGAACGUCUUCUUGGCCAUCGCCGUGGACAACCUGGCCGACGCCGAGAGCCUGACGUCUGCUCAGAAAGAGGAGGAGGAGGAGAAGGAGAGGAAGAAACUGGCCAGAAUGACCAGUCCUGAGAAGCGUAAUGAAAAUGAGAAACCGCCUCUGGAAGAAGAGAAGAAGGAAAAGAUCGAGCUCAAGUCCAUUACUUCAGAUGGAGAGACCAAUAACGCCACAAAGAUCAACAUGGACGAUUACAUUGUGGAUGAAAACGAAGAUAAGAAUCCAUAUCCUGCAAACGAUUAUAUGGGAGACGAUGACGACGAGGAGCCAGAGAUGCCCGUUGGACCCAGGCCGCGCCCUCUGUCCGACAUCCAGCUGAAGGAGAAGGCUGUGCCCAUGCCCGAGGCCAGAGCCUUCUUUAUAUUCAGCCACACCAACAAAUUCAGGGUUUUGUGUCAUAAAAUCGUCAACCACAACAUCUUCACCAACCUCAUCCUGUUCUUCAUCCUGCUGUCCAGUAUCAGCCUGGCAGCCGAGGACCCCGUCAAGAACGACUCCUUCAGGAACCAGAUCUUGGGCUAUGCAGAUCACGUCUUCACUGGCCUCUUCACUAUCGAGAUUAUUCUAAAGAUGACGGCCUAUGGAGCUUUCUUGCACAAGGGUUCAUUUUGCAGAAACUAUUUUAAUAUUUUGGACCUGGUGGUUGUCAGUGUGUCCCUCAUUUCAUCAGGAAUACAGUCCAGUGCCAUAAAUGUGGUGAAGAUCCUGAGAGUUUUGAGAGUUCUUCGACCACUGAGAGCCAUCAACCGAGCCAAAGGGUUAAAGCAUGUAGUACAGUGUGUGUUUGUGGCCAUCCGAACCAUCGGGAACAUCGUCAUCGUCACCACACUGCUCCAGUUCAUGUUCGCCUGUAUCGGAGUGCAGCUUUUCAAGGGCAAGUUUUUCUUCUGCACCGACAGCUCGAAACAGACUGAGGCAGACUGCAGGGGCUCGUACAUCAUGUAUAAAGAUGGAGAUGUGGGGAAACCGGAGCGAGCGCAGAGACACUGGGAGAACAGUGACUUCAACUUUGACGACGUGCUUCAGGGAAUGAUGGCUCUGUUUGCUGUGUCCACGUUUGAGGGCUGGCCUGGGCUGCUGUAUCGGGCCAUAGACUCUCAUGCGGAGGACGUGGGGCCCAUCUACAACUACCGCGUGGUCAUCUCCAUCUUCUUCAUCAUCUACAUCAUUAUCAUCGCCUUCUUCAUGAUGAACAUCUUCGUCGGUUUCGUCAUCGUCACGUUUCAGGAGCAGGGAGAGCAGGAGUACAAGAACUGUGAGCUCGACAAGAACCAGCGUCAGUGUGUGGAGUACGCCCUGAAGGCCCGGCCCCUGCGUCGCUACAUCCCCAAAAACCCGUAUCAGUACAAGGUCUGGUACGUGGUCAACUCCUCGUACUUCGAAUACCUGAUGUUCACCCUCAUCCUCCUCAACACCAUCUGUCUGGCCAUGCAGCAUCACGGUCAGACCAAAAGCUUCAAUGACGCCAUGAACAUUCUGAACAUGCUCUUCACUGGACUCUUCACUGUGGAGAUGAUCCUCAAACUCAUCGCCUUUAAACCCAGGGGGUACUUUAGUGAUCCCUGGAAUGUUUUUGAUUUCCUCAUCGUAAUUGGCAGCAUUAUUGACGUCAUUCUAAGUGAAAUAAACCCAGCUGAUUCGUCCCACUCUUCCUCCUCCCACCCCCCUGUGGUAAGACCAAUGGGACUGCAGAAUUCUGAAGAGAACGCCAGGAUCUCCAUCACCUUCUUCAGACUUUUCCGCGUGAUGAGGCUGGUCAAGCUGCUGUCUCGCGGGGAGGGGAUACGGACCCUGCUGUGGACUUUCAUCAAAUCCUUUCAAGCUCUGCCCUACGUAGCUCUACUUAUAGUGAUGCUUUUCUUCAUAUAUGCCGUUAUUGGGAUGCAGAUGUUUGGUAAAAUAGCUCUUCGGGACAACACUCAGAUCAACAGGAACAAUAAUUUCCAGACCUUUCCUCAGGCAGUGCUGCUCCUGUUCAGAUGUGCGACAGGCGAGGCAUGGCAGGAGAUCAUGCUGGCCUGUUCUCGGAUGCGCCCGUGCGAAAAGGGCUCCACUCACGAGCACAACAGCACCCACCACGAGGACUGCGGGAGCCAGUUCGCCAUCAUCUACUUCGUCAGCUUCUACAUGCUCUGUGCCUUUCUAAUUAUUAACCUGUUCGUGGCCGUCAUCAUGGACAACUUCGACUAUCUGACUCGGGAUUGGUCGAUCUUGGGGCCUCAUCAUCUCGACGAGUUUAAGAGAAUCUGGGCCGAAUACGACCCAGAGGCCAAGGGCAGGAUAAAACACCUGGAUGUGGUGACGUUGCUCCGGAGAAUCCAGCCUCCGCUUGGAUUUGGAAAACUGUGUCCUCAUCGAGUGGCCUGCAAACGUCUGGUGUCCAUGAACAUGCCCCUGAACAGUGACGGGACAGUGAUGUUCAAUGCCACUCUGUUCGCGCUGGUCAGAACUGCUCUCAGGAUAAAGACCGAAGGAAACCUUGAACAGGCCAAUGAGGAGCUGAGGGCCAUCGUGAAGAAGAUCUGGAAGAGAACCAGCAUGAAACUCCUCGAUCAAGUGGUGCCCCCUGCUGGAGAUGACGAGGUUACGGUCGGAAAGUUCUACGCUACGUUCCUCAUCCAAGAAUAUUUCCGAAAAUUCAAGAAGAGGAAAGAACAGGGGCUGGUGGCCAAGGUGCCUCCCAAAACGGCCCUUUCUCUGCAGGCGGGCCUGCGGACGCUCCACGACAUCGGGCCAGAGAUUCGGAGGGCGAUCUCUGGGGACCUGGCUGUGGAGGAGGAGCUGGACAAGGGGCUGAAGGAGGCUGUGUCUGCCGCCUCAGAGGAUGACAUCUUCAGGCGCUCAGGGGGGCUGUUCGGCAACCACGUGAACUAUUACAACCAGAGCGACGGGCGCGCCUCUUUCCCGCAAACCUUCACCACCCAGAGACCACUGCACAUCAGCCAGAAGGGGUCGCCGUGUGAGGGGGAGAGCCCGUCACACGAAAAACUCAUGGACUCCACCACCUUCACCCCCUCCUCCUACUCCUCCUCCGGGUCCAACGCCAACAUCAACAACGCCAACAACACGGGCAUGGUCCCAGGCACGGGCAGCCGCUUCCCCAGCCCCACCAUCAGCACCGUGGACGGGCACACGGGGCAGCCCCUCACCCCCAUCCUGCUCCCGCGCUCCGCCUGGUGCUUCCCGCCAAAGAGGACGUGUUUUUAUGACUCCCUCAUGCGUUCGGACUCUAGUGACAGCCGCCUGCCAAUCAUCCGCAGAGGGGAGGGGUCGAUGGAGGAGACGUACGACGAGAGCUACGCCGACGACAGGGAGUACCAGGAGGACACGCACUCGCUCUCCUCUGACAUGCUGGUGUAUCAGGACGACACGUGUAAACAGCUGACGCCGAUGGAGGAGGUGGAGGAGGUGGAGGAGCGGAGACCUGGAGGAGGCUGGCAGUCCCCCAGACGAGUGUUCCUCUGCCCCACGUCUCUGGGGCGGAGAUCGUCGUUUCACUUGGAGUGUCUCAGGAGACAGUCAAAGCCUGAUGUUUCCCAAAAGACAGCAGUCCCUUUGCACCUCGUACAUCACCAGGCUUUGGCGGUCGCAGGGUUGAGUCCUCUCCUCAGACGGAGUCACUCUCCCACUCUCUUCAGUCGGCUGUGCUCCACGCCUCCAGCCAGCCCCACCGCUCUCAGCGGUGAAGCCUCUUACCAGCGGGUACCCUCCUUGAGGCUAGAGGGCGCUAGCUCCCAUGAAAAGCUCAACACCAGUUUGCCCUCAGUGAACUGCGGGCCCUGGUACAACGACAGCAAUGGGAACAGCCGGGCGCCCACCCCUAGUACCUCCGGAGCCCGAGCCCCUCGGCCCGUGUCCCUCACAGUGCCCUCUUUGCUGGGCACAGACUCGUGCUCCCUGUCCCACGGCAGCGCGGGGAGCCUGGUGGAGGCAGUGCUAAUAUCAGAAGGCCUGGGGCAGUUCGCGCAGGACCCGUCCUUCAUCGAGGCGACCAAAGCGGAGCUCGCCGACGCCUGCGACAUGACCAUCGAAGAGAUGGAGCACGCCGCCAACAACAUCCUGAACGGAAACACAGCGGCACAGGCCAGCCCCUCCCCCCUCUGCGGCCUGAGGCCUCACAGUCCUCACAGCCCCCUCAGCCCCCACGCCCCCCUCACCCCAAUCACCCCCCACGCCCCGGCCGCACACAGGGACCCUCUGAGGGAGGGCAGUGCGGAGGGGCCCUCCUCUGUGGAGGAGCGGCAGGAGCUGCUGGGUCCUGGGACAGGUGCAGAGGAGGAGGAGGAGGAGCACAGCUCUCUGCUGCGAGUGGAGGGCCAGAGGAACAGUGCGCUGAUAGAGGACGAUGAGUGUGUGACCAGUUUGUAG